UCUUUUCAUUAUCUGUGCCGUCACGGACGAGACAAGAGGCCGCGCGUCUCGCUUAACUUAAAAUAAAAUAAAAUUCAGUGCUACAAGAUAAUAACAUGGCAGUUCCAGCUAAUAUUCAAGGAGAAGUCCUCUCUUUAAUACAUCAGUUUAUGCUGGGUGUGGAUAAAUCGCUGGCUGCAGAAAUAUUGAAGAAAACUAAAGCGAAACCGCGAGCCAAAAAUCUACCAACACUGCUGGAUAUAUUCACAGAGUAUAAGAAAAAGGCUCCAGCCCCUAAAAAAGCAGCAGAAAGCUCCGAUGACUCAAGUGAUGAUGAGGCACCCAAAAAGCAGGCAGCAAAGCCAGUAUUAAAUGGCAAAGGUCCUGCUCAAAAGAAACAGGAGUCCUCGGAUUCAGACAGCUCUGACGAAGAGCAGAAACCGGCACAGAAAAAGGCAGCAGCCACCCCAGCCAAACCUGCAGCUAAGCCUGUGGCCAAGAAAGCCGAGUCAUCAUCAGACAGUGACAGUAGUGAUGAUGCCACGGCACAACCCAAGAAACAACCAGUCAAGCCGCAAGUCAACAAUGUAGCCGCUGCCAAAAAGCAGGAAUCAUCAUCUGAUGACUCAAGUGAUGAAGAUGAGAAACCUGCACCUAAAGCAACUCCUGCCAAACCUGCACUUAAACCUGUAGCCAAGAAACAGGAGUCAUCUUCUGACGACAGUGAUAGUGAGGAUGAGAAGCCCAAGCAGCCUGCUAAACCUGCAGCUAAAGCACCUGCUAAGAAAGACUCUUCAUCUGAUGAUGACUCAAGCGAAGAUGAAAAACCCAAACAGGCUGCUAAGACGCCAGUAAAGACCCCUGCCAAGCCUGCACCAGCAAAGAAAGCAGCAUCUUCUUCUGAUGAUGAUAGCAGUGAAGACGAAAAGCCCAAGCAAGCCGCUAAAGCUCCAGCAAAGGCUCCAGCCAAACCUACACCAGCCAAAAAGGCAGAGUCCUCUUCGGAUGAUGAUAGCAGUGAGGAUGAAAAGCCCAAGCAAGCUGCUAAAACACCAGUCAAGCCUGUACCAGCCAAGAAGGCAGAAUCAGAAGAUUCUGACAGUGACAGCAGCGAGGAUGAAAAACCUAAGCCAGCUGUAAAAACCCCAGUUAAGACACCAGUCAAACCCGCUGCCAAAAAAGCUGAAUCUUCAUCAGAUGAUGACAGCAGUGAAGACGAAAAACCUAAAGCCAUUCAGAAACCUAAAGCAACCCCGGCUAAGCCUGUAGCUAAAGCGGCUAAGAAAGAAUCAUCUUCGGACAGUGACAGCAGUGAAGAUGAAAAGCCGGCUAAGAAGACUCCAGCCAAGCCCGCUGCCCCUGCUAAGAAGGACUCAUCUGAUGAUAGUGACUCAAGUGAAGACGAGAAGCCUGCAGCCAAGAAGACACCUGCAAAGGCUCCGGCUAAGAAGCAAGAAUCAUCUGACGAUGAUUCUGAGGAGGAUGAACCGCCUAAGAAAAAAAGUCAUUCAGUCAGGAUGAAAGCAUGGACACGUCGCAGCAGGGCAACCGUAAGAGGAAAGCAUCUGGCAGUGAGGCAACGCCCGCAAAGAAACCCUACAGCAAUUUUGUAAAGGAGGGUGAAAACGGUGAAGAAGAGAACGAGGACGGAGGCUUCAAGUCCGGGUUCGGGGGCCGAGGAGGGUUCCGCGGCCGCGGGGGAGACCGGGGAGGCUUCCGCGGGGGAGACCGGGGAGGCUUCCGCGGGCGCG